AUGGCGCACGGCAACCCCGUGCCUAAACUCUACAAGUCUGUUAUCGAAGAUGUGAUCGAAGGUGUUCGGGAACUCUUUGCAGAAGAGGGCGUAGAGGAACAGGUUCUGAAAGACUUGAAGCAGCUUUGGGAAACCAAGGUGAUGCAGUCCAAAGCAACAGAAGGCUUCUUCAGACACAGCCACCAGCCGCCCCAGUUCACUGUGCAGUUACCGCAYGGUUUUCAUCAUGCUCUGCAGGCUUCAGCAGCUUCUUUAGUCAUCCCGACUGGCAGGGGUUUCCAGCAUUUCACAGCAGCAGACCUGGGCGCCUCGCAGCCGGCUGCGGCUGUUGCCCUCCCGCCGGGUGUUGCUUAYCCCCUGCACGUCCCUGCCGGAGUGACGCUACAGACGGCGUGUGGGCACCUCUACAAGGUGAACGUGCCCGUGGUGGUGGCGCAGGCCCCGGGGAGCGCGCGUCUCCUGCAGCCCCCGCUCCCCCGCGGCCUCCUGCCCGCUGCGGAGGGGCAGCCGGAGGCGGCGGCGCUGCAGCAGCAGGGGCCUGAUGAUCUCCUCGAGCUGCUCAUCAUGGGCAGCGCUCAGCAGGACCGCGCUGACCUGGAGGAGCAGGGCAGCAAGGUGGAAUCUGCUGGGCAGAUGGAGCCCAAUUUACACCCAGGGAAGGAGAUCUGCAGUGACAUUGAAAGCAUAAUUCAGCUGGAUGGAGCUGGCGAUUUUUCUCCCAAGGAAGAAGUAGCACAUCCAAAAGAUAUGGAAGAGAAUGAGUUCAUUGGCUUUAUUGAAUCUGAAGAUCUAAAAGUUCUGGAGGAUGAGGAUGAAGAGGAGGACGAGGAAGGGGACAGCCUUUCAAGCACAGRGUCAAGCAGCAGUAGUGGUGUUAAUGAAGAACCUCAGAUAGAUCUAGUUGAGGAGGACCCCCUAAAUUCCGGUGAUGAUGUCAGUGAACAGGACACUCCUGACUUGUUUGACACGGAUAAUGUGAUAGUGUGUCAGUAUGACAAGAUACAUCGAAGUAAGAACAAGUGGAAGUUUUACCUAAAAGAUGGAGUGAUGUGCUUUGGAGGCAAGGACUAUGUUUUUGCAAAAGCCAUCGGAGAUGCAGAGUGGUGAAACUGCACUGGAAUAGGUACUUUAAUGAGCGUGCAUUUAUUCCCUUAGGACCAUUCUGUGCAGCGGCUAAACACUCUCCUGCUUUGCUAUUCUUCUCUAAAGAAAGAACAAACUUCAGCUUGUUAAACAAAAUGUGUAAAAUCUGUGCAGUUAAUAAUGCAAAUUAAAACCCUGUAUUGUUAGCUAUUCAGCUGUAUUUGCUGCUCUUUUCUGAUUAUUUCGUUCCUUUUCCCCUAGGAAGCAUAAUUGAAACGAACAGCUUUAAUGACUAAAAUGCUGAGUUUAUUAAUAAUUUAAGAAAAAGCUGUGGAAUACUAGCUGACAAUACCUAAGUAAAUUCCAGCGCCUUUGGUUCUCUUUAAAUUUUUAAGYCAGUGAACAUAUGACUUCCUUUAUAAACAACUUAAUUCUUGGAGAUUUUUCCAUUGGGGAGGAAAAAAGCUAACCCUUGUGCAAGUUUGAGACCUGUGGCUGUUUCAACUAUGCGCUUUUUCCUUUUUCUCUUUCCUCCUUUUCCGUUUCUGCAGUUUUUUGUUUGCUUCAGUGUCAAGGCAAGCACUUUAGA